AUGCUUCCGACAAUCACACAAGACUCCCAGCUUGCGACUGCCGUCGCCAAUGUCGUUCGACCGAAAUUGGUAGAAAUCGGCUGGAGCACCGAUGACGGGCAGGAGUCGGCUCUCAUCGAAUACAUCGUUCUGAUGCUUGUCAACGGCAAGACUCAGGAACAACUGGCAACUGAGCUGUCGAACGACUUCCUCGGACUGGAGGAAGGUGACACACAGGCCCUUGAGUUCUCAAAUUGGCUCUUCGGUCAAGUCGAGAUUCUUGAUCAACAAAUCAACGGUGUACCUGCCGCGAACAACUCUGCUUCCGAGCACGUACUAUCCGCCAACGCUCAAGACUUUACCCCUCAAGGAAACGGAAUGGAUUCAGAGAUGGGCGAUUCCGGCGAUUUUAUCCCCACUGGCCCCAAGGCUAUGCGUAACGGCCGACAGGGUGGUCGCGGACGAAUGUUGAACCAGAUCAACCGCAACCUGGACCGACCAGGUGACAGCGCACUUCACCGUGUUCGCGGUCACCAAGGAAAUGGACGCAUCGGAGGCCACGGUCAGAACCAAAUGAAGGGUAACCGAGGUGGCCGUGGAGGUCGACACAUGGGUGGAAUGGGAAUGCAGGGCAAUAUGGGUGGUGGCAUGAUGCAGAUGAGCCCCGAAAAUCAGAUGCAAAUCAUGUCCAUGCUGGAAGAGCAGGCACGCAUGAUGUCUCAACUUAUGCCUGGCUUCGUUCCUCCCGCUGUCAACCCCGCCUUCCAGAAUGGUGGCCAACAAGGCCGCUCACUUUUCGACCGCGUCGAGCCCCAAGGCCGACGUGGUGGACGCUUCCAAGGACGCGGAGGCCACCAACAACGAAACAACCGCGCGGACAACGGCGAUGUCGACAUGGAUACUGGAAUGGAUGGUGAGCAGGAUGAGAGCAACCCCAACAACAUCUGCCGGUUCAACCUCCGCUGCACUCGUAAAGACUGCCCCUUCGCUCACCAAUCUCCCGUUGCGCCCGAGGGUACAUCCAUCGAUGUAUCAGAUGUCUGCUCAUACGGCGCCGCUUGCAAGAACCGUAAAUGCACCGGUCGCCACCCGUCUCCAGCCGUCAAGUCCGCUCACCAAGCCGAAGAGAUGUGCAGAUUCUUCCCCAACUGCACCAACCCACACUGCCACUUUAAGCACCCCGAUAUGCCGCUGUGCCGCAAUGGCGCCGACUGCAAGACUGAAGGCUGCAAGUUCACCCAUGUCCAGAUUGCUUGCAAGUUCAACCCCUGCAUGAACCCUCGCUGUACAUACAAGCAUGCCGAGGGCCAGCGCGGUAACUUUGGCGACAAGGUUUGGACAGCAGCCGGAUCGACUAGCGAACGAAAAUUCGUCGAAGAUGAAAACGCACCAGAGGAAUUGGUCAAGCCCGAGACGGGCGAUACCUCGCAAAGCCAGGAGCUUACCGCGUGA